AUGCGUGGUUUAUCAAUGACAUUUGCUCGAAAUAUUCCAUCAUUUGCUGCUUAUUUUCCCACAUGGACAUUUUUUGUUGCAAAUUUUCUCCAACAGGUUCAUAUUAUAGAAGAAUGUCAUACAGCUGGUUUAUCAUUACUUGUCUUUCGUGUUCUAUCUUCAAUAGAUAAUGUUACGGGUUUAUUUAUAUUCAAUAGUGUAUGUAUAAUACCAGCAAUAUUGAAUCUAUUAUCUUCACACCGUGGUCUUAAUCGAACAAUGAAAAUAUUAACAUUUUUAAUGGAUAUUGCAUCGGUUUUUAUGCAAUUAUGUUUACCAUUAGCACUUUUUCUUAUUUCACUUGGUUAUUGGGAAACUUUUGCUCAAACACGUAUAUUAAAACAAAAGUUUUUCGAAUGGUUUCAACAGGGUAUAAGACUUGCUUAACUGCCUUUAUUUGUUUCAAUUUAAUUAUUGUAAAGUCAUUCUGUUACAUUAAAGAAAAAUACAACAAUAUUACUUAUUAUCCGCGCCGAAACUUGAUGAUUCUCUAG